UUCUCCCUGCUGACGUUCAAGUCAACCAAGAGCCAUAAUUUACUGAUCAAGUUCACCCUCAGACCGAUAGUCUCACCGUCAAACUCGCUCAUCUUUCGUCCUGAACAGGUUUACGCACUCUUCCCAGCUGAACUGCAGUCUGAAGCAUACUUCUCCUGGGAUCAGCGACCCUCGUGUUCCUUCUGCUCGUAUCCAUCUCCUCGCUACCAUUCCAUAGACGCGAUGCCUCGUGCUACCAGCAGAUCUUCAGGGUCGAGGGCCUCUGCUCCGGCGAGGCCCGCGCCGAGGCCAGCGCCUGCAUCGCACACUCACUCCGCGCCUCCACCCGCACCAGCAGCGCAACCCGCGCCUCCCCCGGCUCAACCAGCAGCAGCCUCUGGAGGGGGAAGCAUGCUGGGUGGACUGAUGCAGACGGUGGGAGGGCAUGGCGUUUGGCACUGGCUCCGCCAUCGCCAACAGAGCGGUGGAUGCCAUCAUGGGUCCGCGCACUGUGGUGCAUGAGCAUGUAAAUUCCGCAGCUCCUGCUGCUCCUUCUGCCGCUGCGCCUGCUGCAGCUCCUGCAGUUGCCAGCUCGCCGACGGACUGUGCUCAGCUGCAGCAGGACUUCACCAAGUGUGUGGAAGCUCAUGGGAGUGACAUCUCCAAGUGCCAGUUUUACCUAGACAUGCUCAAUGAGUGCAAGCGGAAUGCCCUUCAGGAACUGUGCUUCAGUGAGGGUAAUUGACAACAGUUCAAUAUUAUUUGGUGCAGGGCCUCAGAUUGCAGGCUUUUUACCCUGAUUCAGGGUAAAUCAGGGCUUUUUUGGGGGGUGACCCUGAUGACACAGGAUUUUUUUAAGACAGAGGCCUGAAAUUUCAGGGUUUUUUUAAGAGUGAACUCUGAUCGAUCAGCGUGCGUAGUGUAGUGUGGCCUGUUUUUUCCAGCGUCGUAACGAAGCCCGACCCUGAUUCUUCUAAUAGCGGAUUCCCAGUCCCAACUCCCCCGCCCCGUGAUUUCCGUGAAUCCCCCCCCACCGUCCCUGUCAAUGACGCCGACUCGAGUGUGACCAACCAGAUUCCAGCCCCGCUGGAGAAUAUUCUAUCAAACAGUGAAAUUGAUGAAUAGAGAGAGAGAGUACACAAACAUAUACCUA